AUGUCAUCACCAACGCCUUCAAUCCACUCCAAACAAUGCGGCAAAUCCGACACCCAUCCCUCCCCCCUCCAAGCUUUCCUAUGUGACGUUCUUACACCAUUCCAAUGCCAAUCACUUAAAAAUAGGAAAUGUGAGAUGAAGAAUGGUCAACUUGUACCCACAGGUGGUAGUGAUCCUGUACCAUAUAGUGACCAUGUUUCCCAUCGCAAUUUCAAUCAAUAUUGCCCCGUCCCUAUGGGAUUCAAUCACGAAAUGUUAACACACAGCGAUCGCACUGGUAACUAUAUCUAUUGGAUAGUAGAGUACUUCACCCAAACUAACCGUAACUCCGUCAGUCUCUGCAACAUAUUCAUAUGUCUAAUGUGCUGCAGCCUACGUACCCCCCGUACAGUCGGUGACCUCUUUGGGUUUUUCUUCUCUAUUGGUGAGAAUAUGAAUAAUGGUGGUAGUAGUUCCCCUAAGGUCGCUGAGGCCAUCAAAAAGUCAGCCGAGAAUAUACCAUGGAAUUCCGAUGGUUCCUGCUCCAUGACUGACGCUCUCAAAACCCUAGCUGGCAGCAAAAGUGACCAUAACGGUGCCUCUCACACUCCUGAGGCCACCCUCUACAGUCUCCGUUACAGUGAAUGUGACAAUGACAAAACCUGUGGCAAGUACCUCGACCCCCUAGCCUCGAACAUCUAUCCCAUCAUCUCAGCAUCCUUCGCGGAAACUUAUUUGAAAUGGAUAAUUUAUCUCACACACGCUUUGAAACAAGGUCUUAAACAGUUACAGAAGGAUUUCCAAAAACUGAAGUGUAAGCAUCAUCAAAAUCAUAGUUGCACUGACAAUUGCCACUCCACCAAGUCAUGUCUCUGUCCCACCAUCGUCCAAUGCGCUGACGUCCUACCCCUUUUCUUCAAAUUCGGCUUCCUAUACUACAGUCACUAUGCAUUGAAUGGUUACGACAAAGAUGGCGAAAAAAACAAAUCCGAGUGGCUCCGCCAAUGCGUAGCAUUCUCCAAAGAACUCAACAAACUACUUAACCAUGAAGAAAAUAAUGAAAAACUCUUCACCAACCUCCUCUCAGUUAUCAACAAAUUCCUCUUUUGCAUCCGCAAACCCUUCUUGCUAUACCUCCUAACAUUCUGGCUACUCGCCCUCACCUACCUAACAUACUCACUAACAAUACCUCUGGACCUCCUCCAUAUCCGUUCACAUUGGAGACGUGCAUCGUCCCAUCAAAUAUCCGUGUUGGCGUUAUUAUCACACAAGGCAAUGGCACCAACAAAGGUUGGGUAUUUCACACCGUAA